AUGGCCUCCGUACUUUCGUCCCAUCCACGCGCUGCACUCGACCCUUCAGUAGCUUCGGCAGACGCCAACGAUCGCCUUUCCGCCCUCCCGCCUGAGCUCCUCCACCACAUAAUCGGCUAUCUCUGGCCUACGCAUUUCGCAGAAAAGGCCUUCCACGAGACACGCCAAUCUUGCCGCUGCUCGCAUUGCGUGCGAUCCACACACGGCAAUAAUCAUGACUUGGACUACCUCGCUGCCACUUGUAAGAUCCUCCGUGCCGAGGUGAAUGACUGGGCUCGCUCCUGGCUGCUUCAGCACUCGGACAUUACGAAGUUCAACGAAGGUCGCAUCUGGCCCAAGGCCACGACCAAGCGCAAUGGCGUUGUACAGAUGCGCAAGAACUUCAACACCAACUUUCUGAGAGGCAGGAACGGCGCCCUGCUCAACUGGAUGGACACGAACUGUAUCUUCUGUGGAAGGAAAUCGCGUCGCGCAGCCAUUAUGAUGAAUGGUUUUCGUUGCUGCACGCAUUGCGAUAAGAAAGAGUGGCCUGAGAAAGUGACCAUGUCUCAAGCUGUGGAGGACUAUGGCUUGUCAAAGAAAGAGCUUCUGCCCACCCGAGAGGCAUCUCACACGGAAGUCGCGAGGAUGCGUGAAGAAUUUCCGGGCUUCCAAGGAAUUUGGUAUGGUACUUACGUAUCCUCCAAUGUCCGGACCACAAUGUUCAUGAAGCACGAUUUGCGGCGAUUGGCCACCACGAUAUUUGGAGAUGUCGACGCCCAUCUUGCAAGGCGAGAACUGCGUAAGAAGUUGGUGAAGCAGAAGAAAGAAGAACGCAAGAAGGAGAAAGCAGAGAGGGCCACAGAGAAAGCUGCUACAAGAGAACCUGACUUGAAUGCUCUCGCCGUGGCGUGCACGACGCAACAAAUACCAGCGGGCUGGCCUCUGCAGGCACCCAGCUUGUGUGCUCCUAGAAGUACCGUGACCGAGAUCUCAGAGGACACCACGGCUGGGGCGGACCAGGACCAGCCGAUAGUGAUUGAUUGA